AUGGCCACCCUGCUCCGCAGCAAGCUGUCCAAUGUGGCCACGUCCGUGUCCAACAAGUCCCAGGCCAAGGUGAGCGGCAUGUUCGCCAGGAUGGGUUUUCAGGCGGCCACUGACGAGGAGGCGGUGGGUUUCGCGCACUGCGACGACCUCGACUUUGAGCACCGCCAGGGUCUGCAGAUGGACAUCCUGAAAACCGAGGGCGAGCCCUGCGGGGACGAGGGCGCCGAACCGCCCGUCGAGGGAGACAUCCGUUACCAGCGCGGCGGUGGCGCGCCCCUGCCACCCUCGGGCUCCAAGGACCAGGCCGUGGGGGCUGGUGGCGAGUUCGGGGGCCACGACAAGCCCAAGAUCACGGCGUGGGAGGCGGGCUGGAACGUGACCAACGCUAUCCAGGGCAUGUUCGUGCUGGGACUGCCCUACGCCAUCCUGCACGGCGGCUACCUGGGGUUGUUCCUCAUCAUCUUCGCCGCCGUGGUGUGCUGCUACACCGGCAAGAUCCUCAUCGCAUGCCUGUAUGAGGAGAACGAGGAUGGCGAGGUUGUGCGCGUGCGGGACUCCUACGUGGCCAUCGCCAACGCGUGCUGCGCUCCUCGCUUCCCUACGCUGGGCGGCCGCGUGGUGAACGUGGCACAGAUCAUUGAGCUCGUGAUGACUUGCAUCCUGUACGUGGUGGUGAGUGGCAACCUCAUGUAUAACAGCUUCCCAGGGCUGCCCGUGUCACAGAAGUCCUGGUCCAUUAUUGCCACGGCCGUGCUGCUGCCCUGCGCCUUUCUUAAGAACCUCAAGGCCGUGUCCAAGUUUAGCCUGCUGUGCACUUUGGCUCACUUUGUCAUCAACAUCCUGGUCAUCGCCUACUGCCUAUCGCGGGCACGCGACUGGGCCUGGGAGAAGGUCAAGUUCUAUAUCGACGUUAAGAAGUUUCCCAUCUCCAUUGGCAUCAUCGUGUUCAGCUACACGUCGCAGAUCUUCCUGCCUUCGCUGGAGGGCAACAUGCAGCAGCCCAGCGAGUUCCACUGCAUGAUGAACUGGACGCACAUCGCUGCCUGCGUGCUCAAAGGCCUCUUCGCGCUCGUCGCCUACCUCACCUGGGCCGACGAGACCAAGGAGGUCAUCACGGAUAACCUGCCCGGUUCCAUCCGCGCCGUGGUCAACAUCUUCCUCGUGGCUAAGGCGCUGUUGUCCUACCCGCUGCCCUUCUUCGCUGCUGUCGAGGUGCUGGAGAAGUCGCUCUUCCAGGAAGGCAGCCGUGCCUUCUUCCCCGCCUGCUACGGAGGCGACGGGCGCCUCAAAUCCUGGGGGCUGACGCUGCGCUGCGCGCUCGUGGUCUUCACGCUGCUCAUGGCUAUCUAUGUGCCGCACUUCGCGCUGCUCAUGGGCCUCACGGGCAGCCUCACGGGCGCCGGCCUGUGCUUCCUGCUGCCCAGCCUCUUCCACCUGCGCCUGCUCUGGCGCAAGCUGCUGUGGCACCAAGUCUUCUUCGACGUCGCCAUCUUCGUCAUCGGCGGCAUCUGCAGCGUGUCCGGUUUCGUGCACUCGCUCGAGGGCCUCAUUGAGGCCUACCGAACCAACGCGGAGGACUAG